AUGGACGCUCCACGCUCUGUUUUGAAGAAGAACUCCAUUCAACAACAACAACACGAAGAACGAGUAGGCGGCGGAGGCGUGGAAACUUUUUGGGGGAAGACUAAUUCAUUUUUAGAGAGUCAGCUUCGCUCCUUUACCUCCGGCGAGCGCUAAUGUUUGUUGUGAAACAUUCUCUUCUCGAAAAUUUAAUUUUGUUUAGCAGCAAACUACGAAUGACGGAACGAGCCGCAAAAGAGAGAACGGAAAAAGUCAAGUGGAACUGCAAAGAGUUCAUUAGAUCAAGUUCUGAUGAAUUUACUACAGCAAAUUUAGACGACAAGCAAACAGAAUCUCUUGAACUCAAAAUCCACGAACGCGCAAGGUCAAACUGUGCUGGAAAAAAAGAAAGAAAGUUCUCCACUGAAGCGAUUCCGAACUACCGAUCUGCUGGAGAGCGCUCUUGAGGUUUUGAAAAGAAAUACCUUGAAUAAUAAUGGAGUUGAAGCUUUCUUCGAGUCAACUGGACCUCGAGCACGCGGCCGUGGAACUCACAGCGAAGGUUUAAAAAGGGAGUACUUGAUAAGAGGAAGUUCUCGCAGGUUUCGGAAAAGCACGAGACCGAAAAAGCCUCCGCAAACCGACUGAUCGCCGCCACCGCAGAACAAGUUGACAUCACCGAGCAUCUCUCGGUCCUCGAGGUGACCUUCCUUGCGGAAUGUGUGUAGUUUCGUGUUUGAAGAGUUCGUUGUCGAGUUUUGGCACUCAAAAACUUGAUCAGUCUCUGGCGGAAAGAGUGUCCGCUGCACGGAAAGAACUCGAAGAAUCAAAGACAGUAAGUCUAUUUAUAUCUUCGAAGAGACCCUCAUUCUUUUCCAGCUCGCCGAAAGGCUCCAUGAAAAGUUGAAAUAUUCGAAGCUUCUGAUGGACAAAGUCGAUAUCGAGAGCUUCGUUGGCGACAGUCCGGAAGAUGAGGUACUUUUUGAAAAGUUUGAACAAUCCCUGAAAAUCAUGGAUUGUGCCGAGCUGCUGGCGUUGUCUGAUAAAAUCGCCGCUAUUUCAUUUUGAAGCGUUUUUCCUGUUGUUAAACUUUGAUUUUUGAAAAUUCUACGCUAUAGCUUGUAUAAUAAUUGUUGUCUUUUUUUUCUAAUAAACUCGUUUAUGAGAUUAGUUCUCAGUUUUGAUUACCUGUUAACCCAAAUGGUUAUAUGGUUUUCACUAUAUUUUUAAAAAUGAUGAUAUCAUGACUGCCAUUUUAUUCUCUUGACGUGAUCAAGAAGUAGAAAAAAAAAGAAUAGCCAGUUUUGGACUUCAUUGUAGACCAAAAGAGCGACAGUCUGAUAGAUCUAAUUUUGUUUUUGAACUUCAACAGGAUUUGGACACCAUUCGAGCUUUUCUGUUCCCUAGUAUUGAUUGCAGAGUAGUUACCCUAAGUGUGUUGUAAAACAUUCACACUCAAGGAAAUAGCUCGAGAGGAAGAAAAAAAAACGCAAUAUCCCCGAGCAGAAUCGGAAUAAUAUAGGAUAGCCGGACUUAAAUUAUUUCAUCUCCGCCGAAUCAACAAGAAGACUUAAUUAAAAGCGGGCAUUCCUCUCUUCUCACGUGCCGGAAACGGCGUUAUAUUGUCUUCGGAACGGAAAACGAUCAGGCCAAAUGAAGCACAACAAACGUUCUCAUGCACCUUUUGAGCUUCUGCGCUCUAUUUACCCUCUUGGGUCCAAUCUCGGCUUGAUUUUCCUGAUAAAACAGCGAAAAGAAGAUUAAGCCAUCAGAACCAUUUCGAUUUGCGUGUUUUCUUUCUAAUUAUCUUUUUAUUUUCCGAUCGAGACGGAUCAAAUAAGGAAAAGAAGUUAUUAGACUCAUAAUAUGAGUUGUGGCUGCUCAAUCUUACCCUUUUUUCAUUAUCGCUCUCGAAAGUUUAAGCUUUCUGGGAUUAUAAUUACUUUUAAAAGUAAGCAUUCCGCUCGAAAAGUGAGUCCCUCCAUAGAAAGUAUAAAAAAUCUGUGGUUUUCGGAACAUCGUAAACUUUAUGGGAUCGGCAGAAUCCAGUUUUAUUCUCCUUUUUGUAUUUACAUUUAAAAGACGUUUUAUAAUAAAUUUCUUUAAUAUUUAAAUUUAUUCUGAUCGAAAAAAAAAGAAUUAUAUUCGUAUCAAUUUUGAUUGGAAGCGGAUAUACGAUUAGAAAUUUCUGUUUUCAAUAUUGCGAGGUUUUUUCUGUCUGAUCUUCCGGGUUUCGAAAUCUAUUUGACUAUCAUUGCUUUUUCUGCUUGUAGACUAGUAAUAAACAAAACUGGGACAAAAAGAGAAAAUAAAUCAAAGUUUUUAAAUUGAUAUUUUUCGUGUAAGGUCCGAAGUUGGAGGCUUUUGAGUAGUUCAAAAGUUUGUCAUAAUAUCACUACCCUCUGGUUUCUAGAAAGAUAAAAUCUUCGAAAGACAACCGAUUCUACAAAUUAUAGAAGCAAGUUUCCCUUUUCAGUUUCAUAUCAGGUCGCGCAAGAAAUCUGCCUUUUUGAACACAUCAGAAAGGAUUUUUGAACAGACCAUACAAAAAUAUUAAUUUCCAUGCCAACGCACGCUGACGCUCUGAGUUGGGGAGACUUUUUGAAUUGAAAUUGGUAUUUGGGACGAAAUGUUGCGGAAACAGAAGCAUGUUGGGCUGAACUAUACGGCUAGACGCGUGCUUCUGCUGCGGCUGACAGAUAUUGGGUAGGCCGCUGCGCCCGCCGAUGUUCAUUACUGAUUCAAAGUUUCGGAGCGCCGCUUCGAGAGCCGUCUGCCGUGCGAACGCGAGCUUCCUGCCACUCCAUUUGCCGCACUUUUGCGUCCCUUACUCGGACCUGAGCCGAAGCCAAUCCAAUUGGUCGGUUGCACCAGGCCUGAGCUCAAGUCCAAGUCUCAGGUCUCGUUUUUUGAACCAGGUGCUUAGAAUUGUCCAUGUGAAUUCAGAUUUUUCAAAAAAAAAAAGUUACAGUUUUUGUUGGAAAAAUGAAAACUUCCCCGAGGAAAAGUUCGAAGUUUGCCAAGUCUUAGAACCUAAUUUUUUUUUCAGAAGUUUUCAUAAAGUCCUCAUUUCUUUUUUUUUCAAUUUUUCGAGUACUUAACACCUUCAUGUCUUCUGAAAAAGGCUUGAAAAAGGUUACGAACAAAAAUUUUCCGACGCACAGUCCUGCUUCUGAGACAGUUCUUUUUGCGUGUAAUGUCAUAACCUGUUGGAAAUUCAAAGCAGUUUUUAAAAAUAAUUACAUUAUAAAAUGGUUUGAAUAUUUGAGUAUUUAUUUAAGCUUACUAAAGAUCAUAAACGCCCUGAUGUCCCGGAGACCACUACGUACUUCAGUCUUAUUUUAAAGUACCAUGUUAAAACAGUUAAAACGGUAAAAGAAUAUCAUAAGCUUAGUUGAAGGUGCUGAAUGCGCUUAGGCCACUAAACUUCAUCUAAGUUUUGGAAUGACGGAUCUACCCGCUCAUGUAAUUUUGUUAUCAUGUUUUUAAGCCCCCCAUGCUCAUAAUGAUUUCUCAAUUUCCCUUUCACUGUAAGUCCUUUCUCGAGAAAAAAGGGAGAAAAGAGUUAACCUUUGCAAGUGUGUCGAAAUUUGGGGACUACAAUCAAAUUGGUUUGGAGAUGCCCUUAGUCGAGCCGCCUAAUCCUUAAUUUUCGGGAGGCGAUGCUAAUGCGCUAGCAAUUUCGCCGAGUUGCAAUUAGAGCCGGCCAUUUGCCGGUGGCCGAGGAUUUUCGUAUUUGCGCCUACUCCUGGAAAAAAUCCGUGUUUGUCGGUGGGACACGUGCCUCCGUGUUCACAGGCUCCAUUGAUUCCUCAAAAGCAAAUGUUUAGCCGCUUUUCAUUUCAUCAUGUUUGCUCGUUGGGUGACCUCAUAUGGACUUUUCAGAAGCGCCGUGUGAGUCUUUAUUAGAACUUAAUUUUAUGUCUCUUAUGUUUUCAUAUUUUUCAUGACGGCUCUAACUGAUCUUCAAGUCCGCAGUGCGGGUCUUUGAACUCAUAGGAAAAGGGAGAAGUGUAAUUUUCACAUCUUUUUCCGAAAGGGAAAAAAAGAAUUGAUAGUACUUGCCAAAAACUGUCGGGGAGUGCAGAAUCUUUGACUGUAGCUCAUUCCAAAUAAUAAUUGUGUUCAUGGACGAUUUUAAGCGGAAAGAUCCGGCCUCUUCAGUCCAAAGGCGUAUCAAGCUCGAGAGCGUGAACUUUUAAAGCUUCUAAUAAAUAGAUUAGUUCAUUUUUUGAAUCUAAUUGUUUGAAAAUUUUGUUCCAAUUUUCUUCAGCUGUAGGUAGGCCAUAAAAAAACUAGAUGUUGCAAGACUUUUUGAGAAAGUGAACUCUUUCCAAUCAAGCUAAACAGCUGUCAUUUUUCAAGUUCCUCGUCCAACUCGCAUAACUAUUCGACAAACUUUCCCGUGGAAUUCAGCAAUCACUCAUUACACUCUUUCCAACGGCGUUGUGGAGUUGAAAAAGGCGGCUUUUGAGCUUCCGACCGCUUGGAAAAGAAAAAUCUCUCAUGACAGCGUUUUAGGUAUCGCGAGUUAUGCCCCGCUGCGAAUUUUUUCUCCGCGUUUUUUUUGCCGUUUGAUUGAUGGUAGGCAGUUGAAUCCUUGCUGAACAGGAAGUAAAUCAUCGAACUUAUGUUGAGAAGAUCUAUUGAUGGUUUUUUUCUUUUAGGUUCUUCUUAUCACUUCUUUUUCUCAUCAAGGAACUUUUCUAUAAAGAUUAUUAAAAUCCAUGUUUCUUUUAUAUCUUGGAACAUUUACAAAUUGAAACAAAUGUAUCUUCGUUUUUUUAUUUUUCAUUCAAUUUUUUUUUCAACUUACUCCGAGAAAUGAAAUGGUCCAAGGCCGGUUUUCCAGAUUCCCAAAAUGUGCAAGAAGAUUAAUGAGCAGAGAAAAGUCUCAAACAAAGCGCUGAAAGGAUUUUUUCACGUCUUUUCAUGAAUAAUUCCAAAAGCUUUACCUGCGCCUUCUCUGCAGAUUUACGAAAAAAAACCCUUUGAAAGACCUCCCAGAUUAGGCGUUUUUUUUCAAUAUUUAUUCUCUCACUUAUGGUUUUCACCAAUAAUCGUAAAGUUUUGCAAAAUUAUAAUCCUUUUUGAAUGUCUCUUUUUUAGUUGAAGUUGAAUGGUUUUGGGUCAUUAGUACCCUUGAUCAACGGCCUGUCAAGUGUGAUCCUGUAGUUUCCGAUUAAGUAUUUUCUAUUUUUGUCUCGGUUCUGGCAUUAUUCAGUAGUGUUAGAAGCACUGGAUGCGUUCUGAUUCGGCCUAUAGAAGAACAGGAAAAGGCGGCGUCGAGCAUUGUUUCCGUGGACUCGUGGUCGCACCACGGGUCACGUUUCCAGAGUGUUUUCCCAUGUUGAUUUUGCUCAUUCUCCUCCUGUUUUUUUAUUGGUUCGGCGGAAAGUAUUGAAUUUUCUAAUCCGGUCAGCUUCAUUUUGAAGUAAUUUAUGCGAAAUUCAUAAUUAUCUCUUACUCUUCAAAAUUAAGUUAUUUUUUGCACUCUCACGAAUAUUUUGAAUUUUGCGGAGCCACUUUGAACACGGCAUAAAAUUUGAUAUCUUUUAAAAUUUUUUUAAGAGCACUCAAAUAAAAAUUUUUUUCUUUUCUUUAAUUUCCUGGAGGAAAAUUUUCAGUUUAUUUUUUUCACCGUUCUUCUUACUUAUUUGGAGUUGCUUUUAAUUCGAGAAUAGCUAGAAAAUUUGCCGAAAAAAGAUUUGCUUAUUUCUGAUCUCGAACACUAGACAUUAUAAGGUUUCUGUUAAUUUUUUUUUCUCCAAUCCUUUCUCCAUUCUUGAACCACAUGAAAAGUUUCGUUUGAAUCAGCUUUAAUUCAAAUAACUCAAAAGUAAUUAUAGGAAUGCUCUACGAUUGGUUAUUUUGUCUUGGUUUGUUGUGGGCGCUUAUUUUUCAAAAUGAAUAGCCGUUUUAAUGGCUUUUUAUAUAAAAACAAAUAUUUCCGUGUAAUGGCUGGUUUAAUCCUCAAGCCAAUCGUGACAAGGGACAACAACAAAUUUGUUUUACCCAGUAGGCGGCCGCUACAAUUUAUUGCAUUUAUAGGCUUUUUCGAAUAGCUUCUGAUUAAUUUUUGAAAUAACGUUUGAGUUUUUUUGUUCGUAUUCAAAAAAAUAUAACUCUAGAUGAUCAAAUUUUUGUUAUUUAGUGGCACUAUGAAACAAGGACUUUCACGUUUUCAGCUCCAGAUUAUUUUCAAAUUAUAUUUUCAAGGUGUUGUCGAAAAAGUUUCAGAUAGUCGUCCAAUAGUUUUUUUUUUCCAAUCAAAAUAGCAAUUUUUAGGCGAAUCUUUGUCUACAUAAGGUGGUCUGAAGUCGACUCUCAAGAUUGACUUGUCCGACGCGGAAAAAAACAAUCCACUCGACGUUUCCGUCGAGAUUAGAUCUGAAGAACGAAUUUGUGCGCGACUAGACCUGUUAGGCAAAAUUUGAAAUUUGUCAGCUCAAGUUCUUUGACAAAAAUCUCAUAACGUUUUUUUUUUUCUGAUUUUUUUAAUUUAAUUUAUUCGAAAAAUGACUUCAUCGUAGAAUGAUCAAAGACACUAAAAAUUUGAAUAAUUUUUGAAAAUUUCCUUCAGAAGUUUCCAAAGUCGGAUAUGAGCUCGAUCUGAAACUCGAGUCCGAAACCUGGCCGAGGCGCGAACUCACGCCUGAACACAUGCAACUGCGGCUUCUGUGUGUUGUGUUUGCGAAACGGUUGUUAAUCAAAGUUGAUGAAUGCGUGGUGGCUGUGGCUCCUGCAGAGAGGCGCCAGGCGCAGCAAGAAAUUUGA